AUUCAUUCAUUCAUCCACAAUAGCCUUUUCCAACACAGAGUUCAGAAAGUAAGGAACAAUGGGUGACGCUCAAAACCUUCAGUCAUGGGAAGUAAAGGCUUCUUCAGCUCAAGCAAGGCGCGACGCCGGUCUCGCCAAAGUUGAGCCUAAGCUAGAGGGCAUCCCUGAUAUACUACCCCUCAGUUCUCAGGAUCUGCCAAAGGGGGUGUUGACGGCCCGGGAAAUCGAAAUCACGGAGAAAUACUCUGUGACCGAAUUGUUGAAGAUUCUUCGUGAAAGGAAAAUCUCCGUCGAGGAGGUAACGCGGGCAUUCCUGCGCAGAGCGGCGGUGGCCCAGGUUGCUGUCAACUGUCUCACUGAGCUGCUAUGGGAUCAAGCGAUUGCUCGUGCAAAGCACCUUGAUUCCCUGCCAGAGCCCAAAGGCACCUUUUUCGGCCUUCCCAUCUCAACAAAGGAGCAUCAUGGAAUGGUUGGCGACAACGUAACCACCAACGCCUCCUAUAUCGGCUGGGUUGGCGAUAAUCACGGCUCAAAUCUUCUCUACGAUAUCUUGUAUAGUGAAGGAUGCGUCUUCUACGCCAGAACCACCCAGCCUCAAACGAUUAUGCACUUGGAGACGAGCAGCAAUGUAUAUGGAGUUACCGUCAACCCGUACAACCGUACUCUGACUCCUGGAGGAAGCUCUGGAGGUGAAUCUGCUCUCGUUGGUAUGCGCGGCAGCCUUUUGGGUGUUGGCGGUGAUAUUGGAGGCAGCGUGCGAUGUCCAUGUGCCCAUGUCGGUAUAUAUGGCUUCAAGCCAAGUUCUAAACGCAUUUCUGUCUUUGGGCAGAGGGCCAACAUGGCUGGCAAGGAAACCAUUCUCUCUACUCCCGGGCCUAUGACAGUAGAGCGUGACGUACUAGAACUCUUCAUGAAAACCGCCAUUGCUGCUGAGCCAUGGCGCCACGACCCAUCUCUUACCGUCAAAGAGUGGACGCCAUAUCACUUCACAAAGCCGCUCAAGAUUGCCGUUCAGUGGUGGGAUGGCGUUGUGAAGCCACACCCUCCCAUGAUACGUGCGCUGAAAGAAGUUGCCGACGCGUGUCGAAAGGCUGGUCAUGAGGUGGUCGACUGGAACUGCGAAUCACUUGGCCAUGACGAAGCCUGGGACAUCAUCUCAGGGCUCUACUGGCCCGACGGCGGCAAAGAGGUUCUCGAUUUGAUCAAGGGAGCUGGAGAGUCGGUCUUGCCAUUGACCAAAUUCAUUAUUGAAGAGCAGCCAAAUGUCAAGGCCAGGACUGUGGCUGAGCUUUGGGAGUUGACCGCUCAACGAGAUUCCUACCGCGCAAGAUACGCCAAGGCCUGGACAGCCACCGCAGCCAACGGCGAGAGAGAGGUCGAUGUCAUUCUGUGCCCUCCUUCAUUUGGAGCUGCUGCUCCUCUCGAGCAGUCGCGGUACUGGGGCUACACCUCGCAAUGGAACCUCCUGGACUACCCGGCCGUUGUCUUCCCCGUCACCACCGUCGACCAGGACAAGGACGUCAAGGAUACGAGCUACGUACCCAAGAACGACCAAGAUCGAUUCGUGUAUGAGAUGUACAGCCCAGAGAAGUAUGUCAAUGCACCAGUGAGCCUGCAGAUUGUUGGCAGGCGACAGUACGAUGAAAAGGUUCUCGCCGCACUGGUGGAAAUUGAGCGUGCUAUGGGAAGACCUUAAAGCACUAGUAUCCGGUAUCAUAUGUAUAAGUUUCUGGUUGGCGGAGUUUGGUAGACUUAGAAUCAACUGGCACGCGAAAUAAAUUUGUUGGUCUCUAUGAAGCGUCUAGUUAUACAAUUCGGCCUGCCUCUCAAGAACGAUAGGAUGCCUCACAGAACCUGGCUUAAGCUCGGCAAAGUUCAAGUUAAUGCCCUCCUCCACUUCAGGAUACGGGCCUAGAGGAGUGAUUGCUAGUGGAUUGAUUUUCGUGUGACUCUUGGUAUAGUUUUCCUUGAUAUGCUUGAAGUCUGUCGUCUCCUUGAACCCCUUUACAUUCCAAUACAGAUUCUUCAGCCACUCGUGAAUGACUGGAUAAUUUGCGCGAAUUGUUCCCAGGUUGCAUUUAAAGUGCUGGACAUAGACAGCGUCAAACCGUAUAAUGGUUGUGUACGCACGAAUGUCAAGUUCUGUGAGAUGACUGCCCAGAAUGUACGGGCCACCGUUGCGAUGGAUGAGACUUUCUAGAUGGUUCAAAGCGGCAAAGACGACAGGCACAUUCUUAUCAUAGGCCUCUUGUGUCUCCGCAAAUCCGGCCUUGUAAACUCCAGAAUUGAGAUCUCUCUGCAUCCACUCAGAAAUCUCAUCGAUCUGACUUCUCAACUGCGCCGGGUAGAGAUCCAGUUCGUACUUUUGUCCCUCUUUGGGCAGUACGUCUUCAAAGGCGGUUGGAAGCCAGCGCAGCAACUCGGCGCUUUCGUUGUUCACAAUAGUUCCCUCUUUGGUGUCCCACAGCACCGGAACGCUGUACUUUGUUCCUUCGUAGCCAGAAUCGGCUCUAAAGUAGAGCUCAUGAAGGUCCUUGGAUCCGAACAAUUUGUCCACAGUCGCUCCCGCGUAUUCGUCAUUUGAGGUAGGGAAUCGCCAGCCUGCCCGGCCACCGUUGCCUUUGGGAUACGGCAUCACAACUGAGACAUCGAUGAGGGAUUCCAGCCCUUUGAGGUAUCGUACAAGGAGAACGCGAUGCGCAAAUGGACAAAAGAGUCCGACGUAGAAAUGAUAGCGGCCUGCUUCGGGUGGGAAUUGGCUCUCGGGUUUGAUAACUCCAUGCCAGGAAUCAGUUGGGCCGGCAUGGACGACAGCCAUGUUGGAGUAUAGGAAAUCAAACUAAUUUUCUGUACUAAUAUUCGCCUCGGAGCUUCUCUACCUUUACAAGCCCCCAAAGAAAUUAGGAUUCGAAG